CUAAUUACAUAUGCAGUUUUGCGGAACACUAUCGGGGCAUUUUAUUAGGAUAUAAAUAUUGCUGUUGUUCUCUCUCAGAUCACGUUCUCAUACACAUUGUAUUUUGCUGACAUAACAAAUCCAUUAUCACUACUACCACCUCACAAUGAUCUUGGGGAUAUUUUUGAAUUUUUUUACUCUGUGUUUGCUACUUACAUUUGUUUCAAGAUUAAAGUGUUUGCAGUGGACAUAUUUUCCACACUACCCUGUAUCUGAAUAUCUGGAUCCAAGAUUUCUUCAUCAGAAAGACAUAAAUGCCACUUCCGGUUCAAUCCAGUCAAUCGCAUUUUACCCCCAACUUCCGGGAUUUCCUGUAAUAUCUCUGCCAGACAAUGCAAGGGACAGUUGUUUCCCAAGAAUAAAAGCCGCAUUUGACCGAGCGUUUCCGGAAAUACCCAGGGCAAACCUAAGGACUUCUGAUAGUGUAGGUGCUCAACCCAACCCUCGCUUCCUCUCUCAGUUACCAGCGUCCGUACAACCAGUGUAUGCAAGGGAAACGGGACCAAACUUUGUUCCUUACAAACUCCCAACUAGCCAAUUCCCAAUGUAUGUUGCUCUCGACAGGGAAACAAAUCGACUGCUUUAUCCCCAGCUUAAAGUUUUGCUUCCAUAUGCAAAAUUAGCAACCACACAAUGGCCAUAUGGAAGAAAAUAUGUCAUUUACCUUCCAUUCCAGCCAGAUCCUUUCCGGAACUCUUCAUGUGGAGAACCCAUUUAUAUUCCUUUUCCGAGUAGAGAUGGAGAAUUUUUUAUUUAUCGCCAAUAUUCUUUGGAUACGACGCAGGCAAAUAAACACUUUGGAGGAAGCACAUCGAUUUCGUCCUAUCUUGGUACAAUGAAGCACUGACUGUUAGUACCCUAGAAUCGACCUCCAAAAUACCACUUUACUAUAUUUCAAGUAAGUUUCCGUUUUCAGAUCAGUUCACUCAGAUCCUAAGUUUAUUCUUUUUCCAAGAUUUUCCACGGUGAUUAAAAACAUUAUUUGACAAACC